AUGGCCAACAAUCGUCGGUUGGACGAACUCAUGUGGUCCAACAAGUAUACUCCCAACGCCGAGGAGACGAAGUUCAUCGAAGAGAGGCUGCGUUAUCUUGCACAAAAGGACAACGAAUACGACAAGGAGAUAGCGACGCUGCGCGAGGGACAGGCUUUGAUCCAGAAGGAGAUAUUCCAAAAACGGGCGUUGCUUGCCCCUAUCCGACGCAUUCCAGCAGAGAUACUAUCCGAGAUCUUCAUUGCGGCUGUCCCAGAUGAUUGGAGCGAUAUGCCGCUUGGGAUCCGUCGCCUCAAUAUCGUCGACGUUUGCUGCUACUGGCGCGCGCUCGCGUAUCGGACGGCGGAUCUCUGGAAAACCAUUCACCUCUAUUCCCGAGACACCAUGCGUCGCAGUGCUGAUUGGGAGACGAAGGCCUUGUCGGAGAUAAAAAGAGCAGGAGAGAGCCUGCAUCUGGACAUGAACCUCAUUGAGGAUACGUAUGUGCAACGAGCCUUCCUCAUCAACCACGGCCUCAGGUCCAGGAAGCACCCGCUAGCUUGGAACACGGCGGUAUGGGACGCAGCCUGCGCCCGGUCACGAUGCUGGGAAACAGCGUCCCUGAAGUUCCUCCCCACCGAUGUCCUCUCGUCGCCACUAAAGCCGCCACUUCCACUCCCGCGUCUUCACACUCUAGCCCUCGGUCUCGACAAUGGCAUGCAACCAUGCGUGGCGCAUAUGGGGUACUUCCAGGACGCUCCCAACGUCAAGGAUCUCAGGCUUGACCUUCACUCGCCUCUGAAUCGAUCGAUUGUUUUCCCCUCGUGCUGGGCCCUCGAAACGCUCUCCAUCGUCUUCGACUCGACUCAUGGCUUUGUCCUGAACGUCGACACGUGUGUACCAGCCGUUCUUCGGUGUGCGCCGACCCUGCGCUCUCUGCGCCUGUCGGGCUCCGGAUGGGGGCUGUGGUACUUGUCCGACGAUGACAGCAUCACGUUCCCGUUCCUCCAGGACCUUCGACUCGAAGAGGCUGCUAUUCAUCUGUGCCGACUCAUCUCGGCUCCCAAAGUGCAGAACGUGAAGCUCGUUGGGAAUGCGAGAUUCGACGAAGGACUCCGGGCCUCAGGCGUCGACGAACAUACCGCGUUCGCACGCAUGGUCGCACAGUCAGGCGGCUGCAAGUCGAUGCGCUCCUUGCAGCUGUGCAAGAUCGCGGCCGCGGAUCCCUUUGCAGUCAUCCAGGCCCUCAGGGUCCUCCCAUCGCUGCAGUCAUUACGCUUGGAGAAUGCCCCAUACCCUGACAACGGAGACCAGUUCGAGCCACCCCGCGAUAUCACGGCGGAGAUCAUGACCGCCCUCACUCGCUCGGAGCCGGAGUCCAUGCAAUUCCUCCCCGUUCUCGCCGAUCUCCAGCUCGAUUUCGUCGACGCGGACGAGCUACAGUACGACGAUCACCUUUGGGCGAUGAUUUCGAUCAUGUGGAGCUCGAGGAUGACCGUGAAGCGCUGGAUGCAUGGUGCAGUCCCACGCUGGUCUCUUCUGAAAAAAGUCGAUACCAAUCUUGACGAGGUGCUCGGCUACCCUUUCGCUCCCGUCGAAAGCGAUGAGGACACAGACGAAGAGUUCGACACGCCGGAUGUAUGA